AUGGAGAUAAUGAGAAAGUGGAUUGCGCCUCUUGUCGAAGCCGCGCUAUGCUCUUACUUGGGGGAGCCCUUCCCAGACGAAGCGGCCUUACGGAACUCAUUGAAGCUGGUAGAAGAUGAUAACACCCUUCGAGUCCGCGUGGGAGAUCAGAAACUCGUGCAGGUGGCUCAGUGGUCUCCCGAUCCAGAACCCAUCCGGGGUACUCUAUCUGAUUCUGUAACCACCAUCUCGAGCGUUUUUUCCAGAGAGUCUACGGAGAUCUUCUUGAAAAAGGCCAGGAAGCGACUUACCAACAAUACCCGGGGCGCAAUCAUCAAGAUCAACGAAUUCGAUAUUGUUAUUAGCUAUGCGAGAGCUCAUUCGCCUGAGAUCAGUCUCUUUAUCCUGGACUUCCGCGUUGAGGGAUGUGAGGGAAGCAGUAUAUUUGGCAGCCCAGUUGAUGUCAGUGGAAAUUCCAGGUUAUCAAGCUUGGCUAGGAAGUGUUCGAGAAAGUGUAUUACUCAAAGAAAUGGCCGUGCUUCCCCCAAUGGGGAAGGGCGGGUAGCGAAUGUGGCCACAAAUUCAGAUUCGGAUUCAGACUCAGAUGCGUCAUCUCUGAGAUCCCAGGCCUAUGACUCCACUGCACCGCUUUCCCAAGAGCAAUUUAUAUCGCAAGCUCCAUGUCGGCGAUUAGAGAACCACCAAGUAUCUGCCAGAAAGGACGUUGUCCUACCUAAGAAGAGGAAUGCGACGUUGAUACUUUCUGCUCUUACUUCGAAAUCAAGACUAACAGAACCAAUCUCAACCAUUCCAAAAGAGAAACCGUGUCAAACGGGGAAAAGCAACAGGCCACUCUCUCCUGAAUUUGAUGCGGAUAUAGACCAAAUUCAAUUAGUCCCGUCUAUUGAGAAAACGUCCCCUAUUCAUGAGGAAAUAAACUCCAAUGGUUCUUGUGACGCCGAAUCGUUAUCUCCAUGUAGGAACCCGGUUGCAAGUACAUCCCUCUCGCACACCUCUGAUACUAGAUCCCCAAGAGUUAACAAGAGCCGUAAUAAAAAUAAUGUGGCAAGUCAAACCCGUCGCGACAAGUCAACCGAUAACACAGAUCCCAACACAUCCCCAAAAGCGCUUAAACCAACGGUUCAGAAAGAGAUGACCACUAACAACAACCCGAAGGCAAACGUGCAAACAGCCCGAGAUGACCCCUGGAAGAACAUGACGCGAAUCCGCCACCGGGAUGUUACAAUUCACAGAGACCAAGAAGAUAUAAUCCAGAUGAAGGAGUCCUGGGUUCCUCCAGAACCGGGGAAGCAGGCGCCACAAGCCCACGUCCCAAUACGUCUUUUGCAGGAAUGGAACGAUAUGCACUGUCGCAGGCCAUCAAGAGAAAAUAUGAACGGAUGCGCGGCUUCUCAGUCCACAAAUGAGGAGGACGACCUUGACUCUGAAUUGCUGAAAUCUUCGUCACAAGGCGAAGUACUGGACUCGGAAUGGGCUGCCACUCCCCAAUCAACAUCCUCUUCUCAUCUUGUUCCGCAAGACAGCAGCCCGCUCGCUAUGAGCGACAUACGUCCAUCACUCCUUUAUCCCUCACGCAAUGUGUCGGUUCGUAAUAAUGACAUUCUAACCCGUGACAAUGUGGACGAGUUGAAAGAUGGACCCGACAUCCCUGUCAAGUCACAAAAAGCAUCCGCUUUUGAUACCACUCCACCCAUUGAAGAUGACGACGAUUAUUCUGAGAUGGGAAUGGCAGUUCCGAACGGUUUGGGAAAUGUGAGCCAAACUAAUGAAGACUCUGGGGAUGAGGAGAUCCCAAGGUCUGGAGCUUUAAUCGAACAGACCCCUUAUGUCCAAGCAGUUAAACGGAAAAUGGCAACAACCAUUCACAGCCCGAGGAACACUGAUGAAGAUUCUGGCCAAAGCUAUAACAAGACAUCAUCGGACCCUCUUAUUCCUUCAACCUACGAUUCCCGUUGUUUAAAUGUUCACCCAGAGUCCUCUAUGUCCACUCGCGGAAAAGCCACUCGCAAUUCCGUAAAACACACUAGUCCUGCACCCACGGAGAGAUUUAACCUGCUGGAUUGCGGUUCGAUGGAUGGUGAUGAUGAAUCUAUGGCAGAAAGACAACUAGUGUCCGAUUUGGAUGAAUAUAUGCAAAGCACCCGUGAUGAGUAUCUGGAAGUAUCUGCUACAAUCCAAGCUCCAGGGACCGCGGAAGACGCUACUAAACCAUCUAGUCCCUCCGUUAAUAUACAUGCAUCUCAGACUGAAAUGAACUCCCCCCCGCUGAUUAUCGGAAAGCGGAAACGGAAUGAGAUAUCUCCCAAGAAUAGCAAUCCGUCUAAAGAGCCAAAGAUUUUUAGGUCACAAGCAUCCCGCCACAACAAACUCUCCAGCACGAUAAAACCCACGGAAUGUCGGCAAAUUGGUUUUGAACAUCGAUCUUGUUUCGGCAAUGGCAUAUUGCCAUCAAAAACAGAAGGCAUAUAUAAUAGGUUCAAGGCAGCCUAUCCACACUAUGCUGGUAGCAUUGACGAUUUCAGGAAGGCAUGCGAUGAACUACAGCACCAGCGGGAACAAAAUUUUAUGAAGCGAUCAUUUCUGUGGGACGAUUUCGUUGUGCGAUAUCCGUCAUAUGUCCUACAGUAUUGUGACGAUGGGGAAUCUUCUCACAUUGCUCCCUACGUGGAUUAUUUUCAAGGGGAAGUCAAAAAGCCAUCCUGCCGAAAGCGAAAUCUCACAGCCCGCGACCUGGACAUUGUCUUGGCUGACAGGGUAAAUGAGAAUGAAGCCAAAGAAACUUCCUUUAUGGAGAAUCACAGCAGAAGGUCUUCUUGGGCCAGUGUCCUAGUUAACGAACAAGAGCCCCAAACUCAAAACAAUAAAGUGGUACAUGUAUCGUCAUCAGACGAAGAAGCGGAUAAUGGUCAAGUACCGAGCAUCCCAGAGUCCAAUCAUGAAGAUUUACUGGUCAGUUUCGAGAUUGACCCGGAUAAAUCUCUUUCUAAAUCAAGUGAUGAGCUGGAUGUUCAGGAAACUGCUAGUGUCGAACUUGGAGAUCUGAACCCUUUUUUUCCUCUUUCUGAUUCUGAGAAAGAGAAUGCCACUGCCUAUGAAGAUAUUAUUAACGUUGAAACCGAAAUCAACCUCAUGUCGGAUGGAAUUUCUGAGUCAGUGGAAGAGCAUUAUUGCUCUCCUCUUGCUCCAACGACCACAAUGCGGGCCCCCUGCAGGAACCUCGAGAUUGACUCCGACGAUGAUAGCGUAAUGCUUGAUAAUUCCUCUUCGAACUCCAGCCUAUAUGAAAGUAAUCAAGAAGAGAACCAUGAUGCCAAGAAUGGCCCUGAAAAAGUAGACAGGGCUGAUCUACCGAAUGAACGCAGCCAAGUCUCUCUUAGAAGCCAAGCGAGACAAAUUUCAUCUCCACAACAGUCUCGAAAGCAAUACCGCCGCUUUUUCCACCCACCGCCUGAGUCUCCUCAAGACCCUUUGUGGGAUUUAUACAAUAAAGCGAACCAACCAAGUGACGUGAAUGAUCCAGAUGAUCCGAAGCAGUGGCAUAAGUCUCCAAAUACCCCAUUUAAGAUCUAUGCCCGCAAUGUGGCAAAGCUCCAGGCAGACUACGGGUUUCGGCAGGAUGGAUCCAAAGCGGAUCCAAUUCGUGUGGAUGAAGACGGCGUUGUUCGUCCCCCGCCGAUGGGGGAUCCACAAGGUAUGGGCUCGAUCGGGUGGAGUCUUUGA